UAUUUUUUUCUUUCAAACAACCUUCAAGUGAAUGCAGGCGCUGCGAGUUGUCCGACGCCUGCCAUCCUCAGCUUCGUUCGCCUCAGUGCGCCGCUCAGCCAGCGCCCACCAUUCCGCCAUGAGCCUCGCGCCAUUGUCUUCGUCCAUCACAUCUUCAGCGAGUCGGUCACUGUCGCCCUGGCACGGAUCCGAGACCAACCGUGCCGUGUCAUCCGCAGCCACGAGCUCCAAGUCCGACAGCAACCAUCAAGAGCAGCAAGGGAACCAGCGCAAGGAAGGCCCCGACUAUGCCCGCCUGCUCGUGCGCGGUCUUGCGAUUGGAAUCAGUGGUCUGACUGCAUUCGUUGCGGCCGAUCGCGUGCUGCAUCCCGCGGCUCCGCUCGUAGUGCCUGGACCAGCAAAGUCAACCGAAACAUCUGGCGGCAAAGUUGUCGUGGCACAAGAACCAGCCGCGCGAUUCAUGGCUCCCCCGCUGACAGAGGACCUCGAGCACAAGAUUGCCGCUGCGCUGCGCGAUGCAGCGGGCGACCCUGACAAGUUGGCAAACGUGGACAUGAAGCUGCGCAUGGAAGACAUGGUCAUGCGCGCACAAUUGGCCAUCUGUCGCGCCAUGGAGGAUGCCGAUGGUCAAGCCACGUUCAAGGUGGAUCGCUGGCUCAGGAAGGAAGGCGGCGGUGGCGUGUCGUGCGUUCUGACAGACGGUGCCGUGUUUGAAAAGGCCGGCGUGAACGUUUCCGUCGUUCAUGGCAUCUUGCCCGCCGCCGCCGUGCGUGAGAUGCGCAGUCGCGGCAAAGAUCUGCCUGCCGACACAUCCAUGCCCUUCUUUGCGACUGGCAUCAGCUGUGUCAUGCACCCGCACAAUCCGAUGGCGCCGACAGUUCACUUUAACUACCGCUACUUUGAAGUGACCGAUCCGCGCACCCAGCAGCGUCAAGGCUGGUUUGGUGGUGGCUGCGAUUUGACCCCUUCCUACUUGUUUGAAGAGGAUGCUAAACAUUUCCAUGCCACCUACAAGCAGGUCUGCGAUAAGCACGACCCUGCAUUCUACCCUCACUUCAAAAAGUGGUGCGAUGAUUACUUUAACAUUACCCAUCGUGGAGAACGACGAGGUGUUGGUGGCAUCUUCUUUGACGACCUCGAUGAUCGACCACGCGACAAGCUCUUUGCCUUUGCGUCCGACUGCGCUUUUGCGUUUGAGGAGGCCUACUUGCCCAUUAUCAUGCGUCGUCGCAAUCUGCCCUUCACCGAGGAGCAGAAGCGAUGGCAGCAACUUCGACGUGGCCGGUACGUCGAGUUCAACUUGGUUCAUGACCGUGGCACCAAGUUUGGUCUGGCGACCCCUGGCGCCCGCAUCGAGAGCAUCCUCAUGUCAUUGCCGCUUACCGCCCGCUGGGAGUACUGCCACGAGCCGGCUCCUGGCUCUGUUGAAGAAGAGCUUCUGGCCGUGCUGCGUUCGCCCAAAAACUGGGUCUAGGUCUGUACAUGCCAAAAAAAAAAAAAAAAUGACAAUAAACGCAAACUGUUGGGUUUCCAACAAUAUCGCAUUGUACUAGUAGAGGGGGUCAACAACACGAG